AUGGCGCACGAGCGGAGUUGGAUGGCGGAGGGCCUCGAGAGGGUGUCGGCGGCCGCCGCGUCCGAGUCGGGGAGCGGCGCGGAGUCGACGGGCAUCGGGCUGCACUCAGUGCUGCAGGGCGCAAAGGCGGGCGGCGGCCGAGCGUGGCUAACAGCGCAGCCAGGUGUCGGCGCGGAGCGCGCCACCACCACGUUCCACUUUGCCCUACCUGUGGCGCUGGUGCCGCGGCCGACGUCGCGCCGAGCAUCGCUCGGCGAGGCGACCCCCGACGCGAGCGAGAUGGAGUCGAUCCCUUCGUCGGCGGCAGUCCGCCGCGCUGGCGCCAGCGCAGGGCCCCAGCCGCGGCGCGUUAGCGCCGACUUCAGCGAUGCGUACCUCCUCACCGUCUUCCGCCGCCUCGGCGCGCACCCAGCUUCGCGCGCGCUCGGCGCCGGCAGUGACGAGCGCUGCUCAAUCGCAGAGCUGAGCGAGUCCGUCCGCCUUCGGGGCGUGCGCCCUUUUGCGGCGAUCGACCCCGACGGCUCUUGGCGUGCGAAUAGGUUCGUCGAGUUGGCGCUUGGCGAGGGCGCCGCGGGCGGGAGGAUGGCGGAUGUAGUCGUGCUCGACAACAAUAGCGAAGAGCGUGAGCUUCUCGAGGAGGGCAACGUCGACCUCGUCAUCUCCAAGGAUGGCGUCGCGACCCUCGAGCAUCGGCUGCGCGAGGCGGGCCAGAGCCCUUAUUGA